AUGGAUACCAAUACAGCGCCAGCAGCGGCCAAAGAAGCCAAAGAACUGGCGAUGAAGGAAAUCGAGCUCUCAGAAGGUCCCUCCAGAGCGUCGCAGACAUUCUAUAAGGCACAGACAGACGAGGAGAAAGCUUUGGAUAGGCGGCUGAACCUGAAGCUGGACCUCAUAGUCGUGGCGAUCCUCGCCGUCCAAUUCAUUCUGUGUGGAAUCGACAAAACCAACGUCGGCUUCGUGGCAACGUCCACGUUCCCGAAAGACGCACACCUGAAGGGAGAUGACAUUCCGAACUCGCUGUCACUUUUCUCGGCAACGUAUGUUCCGCUCCAACCUGUUAUGGUAAUGCUGGCUAGGCGCAUCGGUGUACACAAGUUCAUUCCGAUCCAGGUCACGAUAUGGGGAGGUCUGUGUAUGGCGCAUGCUGGAAUCAAAGGAUCUGGUGGACUCAUUGGUCUGCGAGUGCUGAUCGGUGCUGCCGAAGCUGGGUUCACACAGAUUGGCAUGUACUAUAUGAGCACAUUGUAUCCCAAGGCGAUGUUUGGGCUGAGAGCAGGGCUGUUUACCGGUAUGAAGGACCCCGGCUGGUAUGGAAUGUAUAGCAUUGCCGGCGCCUUUGCUGGCCUGAUCGCGUACGGAUUACUCCAGGCUCACACUUCGCAUCUCCACGGAUGGCAGGUUGUCUUUCUGGUCGAGGGCGGUUUGACGAUCUUUGUUGGGAUUUUAUCCUACUUCGUUCUGCCCGGAAAGCUGGCCACAGCUUGGUUCCUGACGGAAGAAGAGAGGCUUCAUGCAGUGCGGCGCAUGGAACGAGACCUGGCUGGUACUCACGAGGUGGCAGACUCAAAUCAAGGGAUGGUGACGAGGCGCGAUAUGCUGGAUGUCCUGAAGGAUUGGAAGAAACUGUGCACAGUCUUGUGCAAUAUGACUGCUGUACUACCUGUGACGGCGUUCACGACCUUCCUUCCAUUGGUGGUCGCUGGAAUGGGCUAUAAAGGCAACGAGGCCAGCUUGAUGAGUGUGUCGCCUUUCGUUGUAGGCGUCGUUGGACUGAUCAUUUUCGUGACAUCGAGCGACUACUUCCGCGAGCGCUCCUUACAUGUCGUUGUUGGCAUGGGUCUCGGCAUAGUUGGCAUUGUCGUGAUGGCAACAUCCACAGAUCCACAGCUCCGCUACGGGUUCACUCACGUCUGUCUUGCAGGCGUUUUCGUUGGAGGGCCGCUCAUUGCAGUCUGGCUGGCAGGAAAUACGCCAUGGAAGGGCUCUCGAAGCGUCAUAUUGGGCAUCAACGGCUGGAGUAAUCUUGCAGGCGUCAUCGCUGGACAACUGUUCAAGAAGCGCUUCGCCCCUCGAUAUGAGACACCGCUAUUCGCGACGAUUGGCAUCAUGGUCGCCGGAAUGCUUGGUUUCUGCAUCAUCCGCACAGCGUACUUCUUCGAGAAUCGUCGGCGACAUCGCAUUAUCCGUGACUGGACCCAAGAGCAGUACGAGGAAGAAGCUGUGAACGAGGACAGACGCGGCGAUCAGCGACUCACAUUCAUUUAUGGGUACUGA